GCAAAAGAGCAAAAGAAAACGGUUGAAAACUCGCAGUAAAGCCUGUGUCCUCGAUGCUCCUCAGCACACAACAUCAUCAUCAUAUCGGGCGUGCUGGAGGCGAGCGGCCAGUUGACACGCGCGCGCGCGCACACAUACACACACAUACACGACGCAGGGACUGAGAGAGGCUAACGGCGUUCCUCCGGAUUUCUCCUCCGCCUCGCAACAGAGCCAUACAUCCUCCUCACCGAUGUUUCCGACCGACUGAAACACGGGGAUUUAUUCCUUCCGGUUAUGUUUGACUGUUGAUAAUAAUAAAACAAAAAAAAAAGACAGCUAAAAAAAACUGUGUACAUUAUGUUUUUGUUAGCAUUUCAUGCUAGAAGACGGUUGACUAGCGUUUAUCCGGGGCCGCUGGGUUUGCAGUUCGUGCUUUGGAUUGUAUGUGCUGUUUACGGAGAGGAGCAGCCCUUCAGUGUGGAGGCAUGGCUGCAGCGAUACGGCUACCUCCCCCCCACAGACCCUAGAAUGUCAGUCCUGCGCUCAGCUCAGAGUAUGCAGUCUGCUAUCGCUGCCAUGCAGCGGCUCUACGGCCUCAACGUCACCGGUGCACUCGACAAGAACACCAUAGACUGGAUGAAAAAGCCUCGCUGUGGUGUACCAGACCAGCUCGGCGGUGCCUCCAGAUUCAGCGUACGGAAACGACGCUACGCACUCACGGGACAGAAGUGGCAACACAAGCAUAUCACAUACAGCAUAAAGAACGUCACACCCAAGGUGGGCGCAGAGGAGACCCAUGAUGCCAUCCGACGGGCAUUUGAUGUGUGGCAGAACGUGACACCGCUGCGCUUUGAGGCCGUUCCCUACAGCGAACUGGAGAGAAAUAAGAAAGAUGUGGAUAUUACAAUCAUAUUUGCCUCUGGCUUCCAUGGAGACAGCUCUCCCUUCGAUGGGGAAGGGGGCUUUCUGGCACAUGCUUACUUCCCUGGGCCAGGCAUUGGAGGAGACACACAUUUCGACUCAGACGAGCCCUGGACCCUAGGGAACCCUAACCAUGAUGGAAAUGACCUGUUCCUGGUGGCAGUGCAUGAGCUGGGUCAUGCGUUAGGUCUGGAGCACUCCAAUGACCCCACAGCCAUCAUGGCCCCCUUCUACCAGUACAUGGACACAGAAAACUUCAAACUGCCUCAUGAUGACCUGCAGGGCAUCCAGAAGAUUUAUGGACCUCCAGACAAGAUUCCUCAGCCUACAAAACCUUUACCGACAGCCCCACCUCCACGCUCUCACCCCCCCUCAGACCCACGCAAACAUGACCGUCAGACACGACCACCACGUUUACCCACGGGGGACAAACCCACUCAUCCCAACGCCAAGCCCAACAUCUGCGACGGCGACUUCAACACACUCGCCAUCCUGCGCCGGGAGAUGUUUGUGUUUAAGGAUCAUUGGUUUUGGAGGGUCAGAGACAACACAGUAAUGCCAGGCUAUCCCAUGCUCAUCAACGUGUUCUGGAGAGGUCUGCCAGCCAAGAUAGACGCUGUCUAUGAAAACAGCGAGGGCAAGUUCGUCUUUUUCAAAGGAAAGCAGUUUUGGGUGUUCAAGGACACUAUACUCCAGCCCGGCUACCCAAAGGACAUCUCCAUGUUUGGGAACGGCAUGCCAGCUCAGAGUAUUGAGACCGCCGUCUGGUGGGAGGACGUAGCCAAGACCUACUUCUUCAAAGGAGACAGAUAUUGGCGAUACAAUGAGGAAAUGCGGACCAUGGAUCCUGGAUACCCAAAGUCCAUAGCGGUGUGGAAAGGUGUUCCAGAUUCUCCUCAGGGUGCCUUUGUGGACAAAUCUAAUGGUUUCACAUACUUCUACAAAGAUAAAGAGUACUGGAAGUUCAACAAUCAGAGGCUACGGGUGGAGCCCGGCUACCCUCGCUCCAUCCUCAAGGACUUCAUGGGCUGCGAUAUGAUGCCCAUCGACCCUGAACACAUCCCCACUGAGGACGUGGACAUCGUCAUCAAGCUGGACAACGAGGCCAGCACAGUGAAAGCCAUCGCCAUUGUCAUCCCCUGCAUCCUGGCACUGUGCCUGCUGGUGCUGCUCUACACCAUCUUUCAGUUCAAGAGAAAGGGCACACCACGCCACAUACUGUACUGCAAGCGCUCCAUGCAGGAGUGGGUGUGAGACAGAGCCCUGCCCAGGCCAGCCCCUUUACUCCCAUUCCCCCCUGGCAGAUGCCGUGGUGGUACAGCCCACCUUAAACCUGCGUACGGCCCUGAUAUCCCUCUGUCUCGCUCCAUUUCUUUGAGGAGCAGAGAGGGCCUUUGCCUAAAUCUACCCCCCUCCAGGAGAGGAAGGGUGCAUCAUCCUUACUCCCAUUCCCUUUCCCAACAGCUCAGCGCACCUGCUUUAAGACUAGGGAGGGUUUCAGAUCAGACUCCCAUGGUGCAUUGCGACGUCCUGCGUCAAAUCAGGUCUCAACUGUUUUAAGUGGGGAAAAAGCUGAUUGCUAUAGCCCUAGGUUUUACUCCCAACUGCACGCUUGAUAGAGAGAAAAAAAAAGAAUAGAAAAAAAAUCAUAACUUACUUGAAUUCAACAGAUUCAUCUUAAGCGUUUACCUUUUCAUUUUAUUUUUUAGCCUUUCGUUUGGCUUUGAUCCAUAAACACUAUUUUGAAGCAGAUAUAUUUACGGUAAUUCCCUUUAAGCACUCCUGCAAAUGAGAGUCCAAACCAAAUAAAGUUUUCUCUCCAAAAAGGAUUUUUAUAUUAUUAUUAUUAUUAUUAUUAUUAUUUUGUUAAUGCUUUCUUUUCUUUUUUCCUCCCUGCUCCUAAACUUUCAGUGAUAAGAAGUAGGUAACUCUUGACUGUUCUGGCAGUCUGUCUCAAAAAACAGGGGCCAAAAUAUUCUGCAAUAUUUUUAACAGCCUUAAUUGUAGAUCAUGUUUUUCUUGUUUGGUCUUUUUUGAGCUUUGCUUUGUCAGCAAGCCAGUGGGUGGUGUCUGUUGCGUUGCUACCUUUGUCCUUCAUUUCGUUAACCAAGUUUGCCACUGCGCGGUUCUGCCAAGUCACUGGAUCUGGAGCAAGCGGUAGUGUGCACUUAAAGUGAAAUAUGUCAGUGGGAGCAGAGGGAAAGAUUCUAGUCACUACAUCAACUAAUGUAUUACUGCUACUAUCUGAUGUGCUCUGUCAGUAUAUCAGUCAGAUAGCGCUUCAGAGAAUAACUUGUUUGUUCCUGUUUACCUGCCCUGCAACAGAGCCGGGAGUGCUGGUGCUCCUCUCUGAAAGGAACUCGCAGUCAGCAGAGAGUGUGUCAACUCUUCUGGACUGCCUUGUUUUUGGUGGGUGGUGUUGAUAUCCCAAAGCCUUGGCACACACUGCACAUGGACAAGAGCAUCUCAGGACACUGCUCGUGCAUACGAGCAUUCACGUCCGCGUUCGUCUCCUCUGCCUGACUACAGAGGAUGACCGAAAAGAAAUAAAUCAUACGGUCAUGGUAGGUUAAAAAAAUAUAUAUCUGGAUGGAACCAGAACUGUUAAUACGCCUCGCGGCAUGCAACUUGAACUCAGCCUAUUGCAUUGGAAGGACUUGUUCUGAAACUCCUAAAUAUACAGUACCUUGCUUGCAAUUGUCUUUUUAUUUUGUUUUCUUAUAUUCUUGGUACAGUAAAGAACAAAAAAAAAAUAUGAAUGGUCUCAACCUCAAGGUACAAGUGGUACUCAAAAGAGCUGAGCAGUCAUCAGGAAUUCUUAUUUUUGGCUGAUUCUGGUCAUAAGAGAUAUCUUGAUUUGUUACUAAUUCAUUCUAACUGACAGAAACUGACAAACAUGUUGUUGCUCUUUGGCAAGCAUUGUUUGAAUAUGGGUCUGUAUCAUGCUGAUGUUUUCUUUUAUAUUUGUUUAACAACAAAUGAGACGACUAUAUGUAAGAUUCCAAAUGGGACGAGGGACCAGUCCUGACAGAAAAAUAAAUUGAUUAGUAUAACACAAAUGGCUUUAUGCUUUUUGCUCAUACAUAUGCACUUUGUUUAAAUGCCUAAAGCAAAAUGCAAAGCAUCUUCCUUUAACUGCCUUGCUAUGAUUUUUUUUUUUUUUGGCGCUCAUUCAUUCUUACCCAACUGUUGCCGUCGUUGUGCAUGUGUGUAUGCAUGAAACUGUGUGUAUGCAGCUCCAUAUUUUCCAAAGAGUUAGAGGAAACUGACAUGUUUAUUAGAAGAAUAGAUUCAGAUAGCAUUAGAAUAAUUAACAAUAAACAUGGACAGACUAGCUGCUUUGCACGUUUCAGUUGAACCUGAUGAACUGAGGUUCAGUUUGGCUCUGCAGUUUAACAUGUUGAAAGUGUGCUUAGAAGAGCUGUACAAAAUUCAUAUGGACACUCAACCCCGGACCUUUUGGCACGUUAAUGUUUUCGCCUCACACUAACCAGUGCUGUUAAUAAUCUUUCAGACAUGGGAAAGCCCUAUUCCUGGUUUGAUAAGAAUUGGUGCUAAUUUGACCUACACUGGCAACGUAAUCUUAUGGUGCUAUUCUCUUUUUUAAUUCAGUAUGGAUUUACAUUCGAGUGACUGUGACCUAAGCAGGAAUAAUCCACUUUAUUUUAACACUAAUCCAUAUUUGUACAUUGGUGUAUUGUCUGAUGAAUCACAGUUACCAGAAAUCCUUAAAGAAACAUUUGUUUUGAACCAGCUUUAUUAUCAGUUUGCACACUAAUUCAUGUGUAUUGAUGCAGAUAUACGCGGUGUUGUGUGGCUGCGGGUCGUUCAUUUCCAUGUGGGUUCAGUUUUGCAGACCAUUCUGUUUCUGUUGCAAUUCUUAUGUCUUAACAUUCUCAGUUCACUUUCACGAUUUUAUCUAAACCUGUAUUAUUAUACAUUCAUACUCGCCACAUACCAGUUACACACCAUUAAGAGGAACAGCUACAAAGAAAAGCCUUUUCUUUUUUUCUUCUUAUAUAUUUUUGUUUUCAUUCUGGCAUCACCCUGGCAUGUUUUUUUUUUGUGCUGUAUCAUUUCAUCAUUCAUUUCACUGAUCAAUAAACACAAUUGAACAUA